UACUCUUCAACUUCUACUUGAGUGAAGAAGCUCCCAAGGUUUGAGAGAGAUGGCUUCAAAGAGAUCAGCAUCAGUAGCACUCUUUUUUGCACUCAACAUUCUCUUCUUCUCUCUAGUCAGUGCUUGUGGUUCUUGCCCUUCCCCCAAACCAAAACCAAAGCCCACUCCCUCCCCAUCUCCAGCAAUAGGGAAAUGCCCCAAAGAUGCCCUUAAACUAGGCGUAUGUGCUCAAGUGCUCGGUUUGGUCAAUGCCACCGUUGGUUCACCGCCGGUAAAGCCAUGCUGCUCCCUUAUCCAGGGCCUUGCUGAUCUUGAAGCUGCCGCUUGUCUUUGCACAGCUAUCAAAGCCAACGUUUUGGGCAUCAACCUUAAUAUCCCAGUUUCCCUCAGCUUGCUUCUCAACGUCUGCUCAAAGAAAGUUCCGUCCGGCUUCCAAUGUCCAUAAUCACUCUUUCAAAUUCCUUCUCUUCUUGCUGUUUUUCGUGGUUUUGAAGUUGUAAUUAGUUUCCUUAUGGAUGAUAGUGAACAAGUGUGUACUACUUUUAUUUCUUCAAGUGUUUUUCUUUGGGUUGAUUGCA